GCGUAGUUCCCAACGAAACCAUGGAAACAGCACGGUGACUUCAGAGGCAGCACCGCGCAGGCGCAGCCAGCUCUGCUCUUUGUGUCAGUCCGGCUCUGUGUAGGCGGGACGGGUAAUAUCAGCUCAGCUGUCAGCCAUGAAAGAGCGAUAAAUACAAUGUCUGUGUGUUCUUUUACGUAUUGAAACAAGUUUCUCCGUCUGUCGCUCCUUUUAAAGACGACAUUAGCCGGCUGAUUUAGCUAGGUUGACGUUAAGUUGCCAACACACCUCCGUGUUAUCUUAGAUUUAAAGGGGAUCAGAGGAUGCUGGAGUCCAUAAAAGUCACAGAAAGACUCCACUGGCCAGAAGUAGAAAUGUCCAAGAAGUACAUUUUAAACUCUUCUGACAAGGUGCUGAGUCCAAGCCAAGUAUACCUCGAGAAGAUCUCCUCAAGCGCCCUCAAAGACCUCUUCAGCCCUGGUUCUAGGAGCUACAAUGUCCUGCUGCAGGCUGAGGGGGAGGAGAAGAAGAGCCCAAAGCAGUCCCCAAAUAGGAGGCCGAAAACAUCAGUGAGAUGUGGCGCCACAUUCAGUAAAAGAAACCGUCUGGGUAUGGUCCCCAAAAAGUUGCGUACUCCAGAAGUUUGGGGUAACCCCACACAAUCAAACCGUGUUCUCUCAGGCAGUAACUCCAAUCUCCCUAAACCAGCAAGGAACAUCGCAGUCGUGGGCAGCGCCAUGGGCCUCACACCACCGCUCAGGAAGAUCUCCAAUUCACCCCGCACUAAACUCCCUGUGUUGCACAAAGCAGCGGUCACACGCAAAGUGGAAAACGCCAAGAAGCUCUGCAUCCUCUCCGCCAUAAAGCCGACUAAUGUUGAGAAAGAGAAGGCCAAGUUUUUUAAGUCUGACUUCAAUUACAACCCUCAGUUUGACUACAGUAACCCCGUUGCUCCACUCGUCCUGGCACGGCACAACAACGCCUCAGACCGCUUCCUCACACAGGCGGUGAACAUCAUGAAGUUGGCCCUGCAGCGGUACGGCAGCUACGAGAAGUUUGAACAGAGUACUGGGGGCAACCUCCUCACCAAGGGUCGCAUCUUGCACAACGUCAAGAAAUACAUGGAGAGGGAAGGCUGCACAGGGGAGAUUGUGGUGCAGGUGACAGACGACCUUCUGUCCAGAGCGUCCAUGACGGUGGUGAACAGCAGACCCACUCUGACUAUCAACGUCUCCACAGCGAGAGAACAGUGGCUGGAGGGCAUGCUGAGGCAUGAGAUAGGCACGCAUUAUUUCCGCGGCGUCAAUAACUGCCACCAGCCGUGGAACAGCAGCGUGGGCAGGAAGAAGCACAACCUGAAGCCUCUGAACCCCACAGAGGAGGGCCUGGCCAGCAUCCACAGCGUCCUGUUUAGGAAAGACCCCACUCUGUGGCGGGCCGCCCUGCUCUACUACACCGUCUACCAGGCCAGCCACAUGUCCUUCACUCAGCUCUUCCACAACCUUGGACGCUUCGUCAAGGACCCCAACACCCGCUGGGACUACUGCGUCCGAGCCAAGAGGGGCCAGACAGAUACAGCUCAGCCAGGGUGCUUCAGUAAAGACCAGGUCUACCUGGAUGGAAUCUUAAAAAUCCUGAGAUACAGAGACAGGAUCAACUUCCCUCUGCUGAUGGCUCUAGGAAAAGUGUCAUUUGAAGACGUGGACCGCCUGAAACCGCUGGCUCAGAUGGAAAACAUCCGCAUCCCACACUUCAUGCAGGACCUGUCGCGUUAUUCCGAGCAGCUGACGAAAAUCAUGGCUGUCAACCAGCUCACUGAUGAGGAGCUCAAGACCAUCAUCUGAGCCGCCUCCACACUCCUGCACAGACCUGACCACACCACUGCCAGCUACUGCCUGCAUGCCUCACCACCAACACCUUCAUCCUGCAUGGUAGUAGAGUAUGUGAAUCGUGCAGCGUGCUGUGUUGCAUGUCGUACAAAAGUUGUGUUCAAGAAGUCACAUUGGUUCAGUCUUAUUAAGCUUUUAGUGAAACAUCUGUUAUCGCCGGGUAAUCAACCCCCAAUACAGAGCAGCCAGUGAGUCGUUUCACCAUGUUGUGUUGAGAGCAGGUAUAUUUACAACAUUUAUUCAACAAGUGCCAACACAGUUCAGCACCUGAAGGCCGUUUCAAAAAAUAUACAGCUAUACUUUUUACACUUUAUUCUACACAAGUUUUAUGAUACACUUUGUGCCAACUUGUUUUGACUUGACAGCUCCAGACGGUUCAGUUUGGUGUGCGUUAGUUUGUUUUUAGUUUAUUGCUUCUUUAGAGCCACUUCAAACCAACUCAGUUCAAAAUACAGAAACAUACGCUCAGGUUGGGAAGCCGGAAUCUGCUUUUUGAAAGAUGUGGUCAUAUCUCUUUGUUCUUGGGUGCAAGUUAUAUUAAUUAUGAAAAAUCCUGAAAAUGUUUGUCCCUUCACAACCCAAAAGACAAUUGAUAAUCGAUAGGGCUGCACGUUAUAUAAUUUAUAUGUCUCACUUUAGAUGUGCGUGUGUGCAAUAAUCACAUCCCAGGAUGUCAAGCAAUCAACCUGAAACCUCGUCCUGCUACUUUUUUGUGGCUUUCCGUUGCUUUCCAUGACUAUUAAAUUAAGUCUGUUAGCAAUGUACAGACCUCCACAAGAACACACAGAGCACUUAGCAAUGUGCAUGGAAAGUCUGCCUGUUGGCAAGAAUGCAACUCUGCUGCUGUCGCAGAUAACGUGGGCUGGAUGAUUGAGGCAGACACUCCGAUACAUGGGCCAGCUUUUGAAUGCUUAAAGCGACACUUCCACCUGCUGCUGGUUUUUGCUUUGGGCUGUUUGGCAGCAGAUGGGCAACAGGGUGUUUACUUUUAGUGGCUGCAUCUGACGUUAAAGGACAUUAAAAGUUACAGCCAUGAAACUCACCAUGCAUAUUGAAAAGCAUACAAACAUCCUCAGAAAUGGGCUAUGACACGUUCUAGUAAAAAUACAACUGUGACGUUCAGGUGUGUGUUUAAAGUUAGUGCAGAAUAUGUUGUUCCAUCUGUACUUUAUCAACAUUUUCCAUGAGGUUGUUGGAGCUUAAAGCCUUAAACUGAAACUAUACCUAUGAUGUAUACAUAAAAACAAGCUGAAUUUAUCUGGUAUAAUUUCCAUUUGUAUACAUCUCAAUAUAAAUAUCACAUGAUAAAAAUAUCAUAAUUAUUGUUAUUAAUUGAAAAAAGAAAUCCUGAAGGAUAUGAGGCCAGAUUUCAAGGUUAAACAGAAUAUUUAGUAACACAUUUAUGUUGUUGAACAGCCACAAUCUGUAGUUUUUAAUAAGUGACAUCCUGCUCACUGCAUCACAUACUGUAUCUAUGAAUUUAUGAUCUUGGCAGCAGUGUGCGUCAAUAUUAAAUAGUAACAUUAAAGCUCCUGUGAGGAUUUUUCACUAAAGCAAAUGAGACCACAAUCACCAAGUUCUUCAUGUCAUUUGAUUUUUAAAGGUGUCAGGUGAAGUGAUUAACUACACAUGACCAGUCUUUGUUUACGUUCUCCUCAAUGUGUGGCACAUAUCUCUGCUUCAAGACAGCAGGAUGAUCUUUUCAUUGAACAAAACUCCCUUUCAAAAGCACAGGACCAAAUCAUUACAGAGAAAGGAGGAACUGUUUUUCCUUGAGGGGGCACCAAAGUCAACACCAAAAGUUCUUCACAGCAGCUUUAAAGUGGUUGGAUGCUCUCUUAGCCUUUGUCUAAAUGUAGCUCAUAGGUAAUCAAAUAUAAUGUGUUGAUAUGAGAUAAAGCUUUAUGUCUAAUUUUUUCCAAUACAUUAACUCUUCAGUUGAUGAUUAAUGAGGCAGUAGUGAAACAAAGACCGUCUGUCAGAUUCCUGAGCUCUAGAUUUUGCAUGGAAAAAGGCCGCACACAUAAUAAGUUUCCCACCCUGAGCAUGAGUUUAACUUUCACCUUCGAUCCCAAUAAUAACCACCUGAGAGGAUUUGUUAAGAGAGCACCAUCUUAAGGCCCCUUUGAGGAAUUUUCAGUUUGUGUCCGUUUUGGCGCCCACUCUGGACAAUCUCUUGCAGAUUUUCUUGUGUUGUUUUUUAAGAGAAAAUUUAAUCCUGCUUUUCUUAACAGUCAAAUAUAUGACUCACUGUAUGACUCUUUGUUGAGAAAAAUUUUUAAAAAGGCUAUUUCGACAGCUAGCAGAGCACUAUAGGCAAUCUUGUCGCUAAUACUCUGGUUUGCUUGUGUAGGUCAUUACGAGACAUCAGUAUUGAUUUCAGUCUGUUUCAUAACCUGUUAAAAACUCCUCACUGGAGCUUUAACUUAUUUUCACUUGCAUACAAAGCCGUCAUGAGAAAACAGCUAAUGUUAGUCAUCAACCACUUAAGUACCAUUAGCAUUUAAAGCGUUAAAUAAUGAAACAGAAACAGCUUCAAUUAAUAAUAAAAAGUACGUCCUCAAGACGUGCUGUCUUUCAUGGCUCCUUGGGUUUUCAAAUACGUUGUCUGAACUGGAAAUAAGACCCCAUGAAGUUUGGAUUUUCACUUUGAUGAAAUGUUAAUUUGUUAAAUUUGGUACAGAUUUUAACAUAGGGCUGCAGUGUGACAUUAUUCUUUGUAAGCAGCAUUCAAGCUUCCCACUGAGCAUGAUGGAGGAGGAACAAGGCUGUGAUGUGAAUAUUGCAAAAGAAUACCUUGACUACAGUCUGACUGACUGAUUAAAGGUACAGUGUGGCAUUUAACAGCAUUUAUCAUAACAGACUCAGUAGAAUUCAAUAUAAUAUUCAUAAGUAUGUUUAAAUUGGUGUAUAAUCACCUGAAUAUGAAACAUUGUUUUUGGUAACUUAGAAUGAGCCUUCCGUAUCUUCAUGAGGAGCUGGUCCCUUUCUGCAGUUGCACAGAACUGACAAACAAGUAACAUACGUGUUUCUGUAUUUAGUGAGUGGCCUCCAAAAUGCACCAGUUAGAAAACGAAGAAGAAGAAGAAGAAGAAGAAGAAGAAGAAGAAGAAGAAGAAGAAGAAGAAGAAGAAGAAGAAGAAGAAGAAGAGUGGUUGUUGUUGUGCUCUACGUUUUUUUAUGGUAAAAACAUGAUAGAUGGAGGAUCAUACUUAUCUUGCGUCACUGGAGCGUCUUGUCCUCAAAGGCCACUAUUGUUUCACCAAAGGGAGGGAUGAGCAAUAUCGCAAAAUAUUCCAAUUUCUACACACUGUACCUUUAAAAAUGUCACACUGAUUACUUUUUUUUUUAAAUUGCUGUGGAUUACUUCUAACUUCAGAAGGUUUUUCUUUCCCAUGGUCAUCACAUUAAACCAUCAGAUACAAAAUGUGAGGGAACAAAGUUUGAAUUGGAUGAGAAACUUUGAGAAAUUACUUUUUUAAACUUUUUAAAUGCCUACAGUCCUGGUAGCUUGCCACUCAUUGAGCAGCGUCUCGAAGUGGGGUGCAUUCUUAUUACUUAGAAACAAGAAUAUCCUUUAAGUGAGAGCCCAACUACUUUACAGAUAUACCAGUUUCAAGCAUUAUCAGCUGCUGAUAUCAGAAAGAGGUAGACCAGCAGCUCCUGUGUCCUGGAGGUAAAACGACUCUUUUGUUUUUGUUAGUUUUUUACUGAGAUGACUUGUUUCUGGAUCAGAAAGUUCUGUAAUCACAAUCUAAGCCUGUACUCUGAAACAGUAUCUGAUAUCCUCUUUAGUAUUUCGUGCACGUGUACGGUUCGAUGUAGUAGACGUUAGCUUCCGAAUAAGCCAUGAAAAAGUUACAGAUCUAGUUUUAUAGAAGUAUUCUGUCUCUCUCUUUUGCACCUGUGAUCUAAGUGUACUUAUCCAGUGAUUUAUAUAACCGUCUCUUUAUUGAAGAUGAACUUAUUCUUGCACUUUGUUUCCCUUGAUAACACGUACAGUCACUAUUAUUGUAGUACAGAUGUUCGGCAUCAGAGCAGAGUUGUUUCUCAGAUGGUUUGACGGGCUGUCUCUUUAAACAGAGAUGGAUACAGAGAGAGUUGAAGCGCUUCAUGAGGCAUGCUAAUUAAAGCUGAGCCCAUCAGCACUGUUUCACUAAAGGGAAAAUGAAGCUGUGUUCCUCUUUUUGCUGUAUGAAGCCCUUGUGGUUUAAGUUCACUGACUUGAAGCCCUGUUUGAAUAUUUGCACUUCUCUACCUUUAAACUACCCUUUUAUAAACUUCACUAGAGGUUAGUGAGUUUGUACAGACUGAUGUGUUCAUGUUUUACACAACAAACCAAAUGCCUCGUGGUUUCAACUGUGAUACUUGAUGAGUUUGUUGUGUUGUUGAUGAUACAAAGGAUGAGCUAACACAGGAGCAUGUGUGUCACUCUGCUUCCUCAAUAAACCCUUACAUGGUACACUUUAA